AUGCCAAAAGCUCCCUCCAGAGUCCCAUGCACGGUGCAGGGAUGUGCCAAAUCUUUUGGAAGAAACACAGACAUGAAAAAACACAUCAAGAAUGUCCACAACAAGAUUAAGGACUAUAAGUGCGAGUACGAUGGUUGCGGCAAGGCCUACGAGGACAAGACAAAGCUACAAACCCACAUAAACGCCGAGCACACACACCAAAAGCCAUACAAAUGCCCCAAUCCGGGCUGCAAAUUCCAGUCCGAGGGCUUCACAGGCUCGUCCGGUGUCGACCAUCACAAGCCCGUAUGCAGGUAUCGCCAAGUCAACACUGCGCCUGCAUCCUCUACCGCUCCUCCCUCCACUCUUCCGCAAACCGUGCAACCUCACACGAACGACUCGGUCAAUUUUCAGCUUCAUGAGCCGACUCGCGCCUACAACCAGACCUAUGAGACCCAGCAAAACGGCGCCUUUUCCGGGGCUGUUUCCUCCACAACCUUGGACCAGGCCAUCGAGCCCCAGCAAGACAGCGCCUCUUCCUCGUCUCUUUCCUACUCCACCUCCAACAAUGCCAUCGAGGCCCAGCAAAAUGGCGUCUCUGUCGAGGCUGCUUCCAUCGGCAGCUUGCACACUUUCCAGAACUUGCAGGUGGAUUUCUACGCGGCUAUGCCCGUAUGCCUCCAGAAAUUCGAACAAGAGAACCCCGGGCGUUACCCGGUAGACCACUACAUCCAGGACGACGAGGGGCAUCAAUGGGUCUUUGAUACUGAGGCGAUGGUGUGGAAGUGUCACGAGACGGGGAUAGUCUUUAGGUAUGGGGAUAGGGAGACAUGGUCAUGGGCUAAAGACUUGCUGCCUGAUGGAAUGCAAAUGUUCGAUAGCCUUGGAGGCACUUUUUGGAACGAAAAUUGA